AUUCCAUAAUACAUUCUGUACUGCAUUCAGUCUUGUUUAUUAAAUUGAGAGUUAUCAUUGUGUUUAUAGUAGUUUUUAUUUUUAAAUACUAAAUAAUGGAAUAUGGUGUUCUAAAUUUUUAAUUAUACUAUGAUUUUGGAUCUUCAACUUUAAUAGUAAAUUUAAUAAAACAGAGUUGAUCCAAAUGAUCAAGGUCAAUAUCCCCCAACUCAAUGGAUCCUGAUAAUGUGGGUUGUUGUAACUUAAGGAAAAAGAGCGUCACAUCGAAGACUAUGCAGACUCAAGAUGUACCAACACAAAAAGCGUUGGGAGAAUAUCCCAAAGGCCAAGUCGCAAAUCUAGGUACUGACUAUGAAUGGAAACUGCAUUGCCUAUUUGCAGUAGCUGCAUUCAAAUAUUUUGACAACUGGAGCUUGGCAAAUGAAUAUAUCGACGCUGGAAAAUUCGAUGAUUUGGUAUUUAGAGUUGAUAAUGAGUGCAUAUUACUACAGGCAAAAUUUAAGCAAAACAAACAAAUUCAUAAUCAUGAGUUCUGGUCAACUAAUCCAGGAUGUGAUACUUUUAGUAUUUACAAAUAUAUUCUAUCAUAUCAUGACAUAAAAUGGAAGUUUAAAAAGCUCAACACGAUUGCUAUAAUACUAUGUACCAAUGCCAAUAUACCAGAUAGCAUAUUUUACCCUAAUAAAAAUUCUGAAAAUAAUAUAAUAAAUAAAAUAUUUGGGGAUGAUGUAGUAGUGGGUAGUAUUAAAAAUGAAUUAUCUGCGGAUAUUAAUAAAGUUGUAACUUAUCAAGAAAAUAUUACCAACAAAGAUAAUGAAGAGAAAUGUAGAUGGAAAAGUUUAUCUCUAAAUAAUAAUGAUAUUAAAGAUUUUAUGUCCAAAUUUCUAGUCAUCAAAGUAAGUAAAGAACAAAUUGAUAAACGGAUUUCUGAUCUCAUUACGAGCAUGGAGAAAAAAAACCCUGCGUUGAAAAAUUUGUAUAUAAUAAAUCAUGUUCAUCACUGGCGCAACUUGGUCUCUAAACAUUCCGUUUAUAUGACGAAAAAUUAUAUGAGACUUAUUUGGUAUAGAGAGGAAAAUGAUAGAUGUAUUCAACAGUUUUUAAAUUACGGAAUCUCUUUUUCAAAUCCCUAUCAAUUUUCACAUUCUAUUAAUUUAAUCAAAGCUGAACACGAUUUGGAUUUAUAUUUAGCUAAAAUAGUUCACAGUAUAAAAUUGAUUUAUACAAAACAAGACAAGCCCAAUGAAAUGUUCUUUAAAGAAGUACUAUUUUUAGCUUUACAGAGUGAUUACAAAACGAUUGAAAAUACUAUUGAAUGUUUUAAAACAAAAAACAUGAAAUAUUUAGUUGUUUCCUUUCUGGAAAUGAACGAGUAUCAAACUAAAGAAAUAUAUACAAAAAUAUCAAGAAUAUUAGAUACUAAUAAGCAAAAGAAGGUCAUUAUUGUUGCACAAAACUUUGGGUUUCAAGAUAAAAAUGUUGAAACCGAUCAAAUCCGCUUAAAUCUAUUCGAUGAAUAUACAAAAGAAUUAGUAUGUAAUAAGACUAUUGAGUUUCAAGGUGAAGCAAUAACAUUAAAACAUCUGUUAAAGAAUUGUAAGGUGGUAAAUUUAACGAAAGGUUGUAAGUCGUUAGAUAUGAUGGAUAAAUCUUACCUUUGUUCGUUGGUUAAAUCUACAGGAGAACCAUUUGAUUUGAACAUAGAUUCGUACAAAGAAUUAGUAGAAUCUAUAAAAAAUAAGUUAUCGCAUGAUGACUCAGACUUGGAAAGUCCAACAAUUUUAGAAUUCCAAGGUCGGCAGAUUAUACUAGAUGAUAUAGUAACAAUUUGUAAGAUAGAAUAUCUAAUUGACGAAUUAUUUAUUUUGAAAUUAAUUAAAGAGGAAAAUUUUUAUUUGGGAAAAUCUUCAAUGCCGUCAAUAACAUUAGAAAAAUAUUAUGUGCCUCGAUUUUUAAGCAAGGAUUUUCAGAAUUUAUUUUCUGAAGAACUCUUUCUCAGUCAACUAAGAACGGUUAAUAAAAAAGUAGCUGUACUUACUGGCCCUCCAGGGGUUGGCAAAACAACUCUUUUAGAAAAUAUAAUAUUAUCGAGAAAGUUGAAAGAUAAGAUUUCUUUCCGACUGACGUGGAUAAUAAAUAUAGAAUUAUCAAGAGCAGUAGAGUAUUUACAAAAUAAAAGUUUAAACCACUGCCUUUUUGGUUUGUUAUGCUAUAAUGAAGAUACUAGAGGUAAUUUCGAAAUUCAGGCUUUAAAAUCUAUAGAGAAGAUUAUAGUAAUCGAUGGAAUAGACGAAAAUAAUUCAGACUACAUUCAUCAAGUGCAAGAUUUGUUUAACGAUUACUCAAUUUUGGAGAACCUGAACAUUUUAUUAGUGAUAAUGGCCUGCAGGAACUACGAUUUUAUCUUAAAAAAAAUUCGAAAUUCUCUUAACCUAGAAACAAUUAUGGUAGAGCUGUUUAAUGAACAAGAUCAAGAGAUUUUUUUUGAAAAGUACGUUUUAUUUAAAAAUUCAACUAGCGUACAGAAAACAAAAGAUGUCUUUCGCCAUUUAAAAGCAGAAGCACCUGGAAUUAAAAAAUUUUGUUCAACUCCAUUUACGUUACGGUUAUUAAUCGAUAUAUUACUAAACAACGAGGAUCACCUAGAACAUAUAUCCAAAAUAUUUUCUAAAUCAUUAAGCGUGUAUGAAUUUUAUAAGCUUUUUUUGGAAGAGAAGAAAAAAACUUUUGUCCAACAACAUAUAGGUGACCAUUGUGUCGUGAACCGUAUUAUUAUAACAGAUGCUUUUGGUACUUACUUAACAAAAACAAGGAAGUUUGCUGCUAGCAAAAGCCUUCCACGAGAAUUACAAGAACUUUUCAAUACUGAUAUAUCCCCCUGUAUAGAUACAUCGAUGCUUUCAAUUGGGAUAUUCGAAGAAAAGAACGAAGAAUUUAAAUUUAUUCACACAAGUUUCGAAGAAUACUUCGCUGCCGAAUAUAUUUGGAAUUGUCUCAGUCAUAAACGUAUUAGCGACUCUGUCCUCUUAACUCUUCUUAACAAAGUUUUCCUUAAUAUACAGUAUGCUGGUGUAUCUGGAUUCUUUGAAGAACUCCUCAACACCAAAAUAUUAGUCGAGGAUAAAUGUUUCAGUAAGAUUAGUGAGGAGUUUGGUCGGAUACUUAGUAAACAAAAAUGGGUGGAAAGUAUAUCACUUUUAGUUUUUCAAGGCUAUUUUAAUAUUGUCAAAUUUGUAUUUCACGAAUACGAUGGUUUUUCCAAAGUUAUUAAUCAUAGGGGUUCUUCUGGUGAAACUGCAUUGCACCUAUCUGCUCACUAUCCACAUUUUGUCAAGUACUUAGUAAAAAAAGGUGCUGAAAUAAACGGCGUUGAUGAGGAUGGAUUUAGCGUUUUUCAUUACAUGAUAAUGAUGUGCUUCGACUCAUACAAAAUAUAUUUUAAUAUGAUCUUUGAGAAAAUGAAAUAUCGGGGGAAUUUUGAAACAGUAACGUUUUUUGAGGAGUAUUCGAAAUUAUUACGGAGGGAUCUGCUAAACGGUAUUCAGUAUAAGGUAGAAUAUGAUAUUAUUCUAGAUUUGAUUGAUUACUUAAAAGAUCAUGGACUGUAUUUAAGCGCUAAAGAUAAAUAUGAAGAUACACCCGUUCAUUGGGCUGCACAAGCAGGUCUUCCUACUUUACUUAAAAUACUAAUAGAAAAAUAUGAGCUGGAAUAUACGAGUGUUAAUGAUAAAGGAAAUAUACCGCUUCAUUAUGCUUGUCGAAUGGGCUCUCUUGAUAUACUUGAAUACUUCGAACAACGCGAAUUACUUUGUGUGAGUAGUUCUUCACUUUUGUUUUUAAAUGAACCACCAAAAACAGUCAAAAUAAUAAAUGAUUUGGACCAACAGAAUGAAAGCUUAUUAUUUAAAAAUAAAUAUUUAAAUUUAAGUACUGUUAACACAGACAAAGAAAGUCUUAUACACAAAGCUGCUACAGGUAAUGCUGUGAAUGUAUUAAAAUUUCUGAUUAAUAAAUAUAAAUUAAAUCCAAAUCUAGUUGACAAAUAUGGAUACACACCUCUUCAUGAAGCAGCUUCUAAUAAUUCUCUCGAAGCUUUCAAAUAUUUAUUAGGGACUAAGCAAUUGGACGUUAACCAUCGUAACGUGAAAGGUAACACUGUUUUACACAGCGCAGCAUAUGGAAAUGCUAUAAAAAUAAUCCAGUACCUAUAUUCACAAGAUGAAUACAAAUAUCUCUUUGAACAAAAGAAUAACGAUGGUGACACAAUCCUCCACAGUGCAGCAAGGGGAGAUGCUGCAGAUGCUUUAAAAUUUUUAAUAUUGACUUGUAAAUUACCUUGUGAUGCUCCUGACAAAUACGGCAAUACUCCUGCCCAUGAUGCAGCUAAUCACAAUUCUCUUAAUGCCCUUAUAGUUUUGGAAAACAACAGAGUAAACUUAGCUGCUAAAAAUAAGACAGGUGUUAGUUUAUUACACAGCUCGGCUUCGAGCAAUGCAAUAGAUGUAAUUAAAUAUUUAACUUCUAGACUUAAUAGAAAUACUUGUUUAGAAACAAAGCUAAAUCUGGUUGAUAAUUAUGGAAAUACACCUUUGCAUUUAGCAGCUGCAAACGAUGCAUUAGAAUCUUUUAAGCAUUUGUUAAUUCAUACCAAACUUGAUGUUAAUCAAUGCAACGAAUAUGGUGAGUCUGUUUUUCAUAUGGCAGCGCAUUAUAAUUCUAUGAAAGUUCUUAAGUUUCUUAUAGAUGACUAUAAACUAAGCCCAAAGUUAGUCGAUGAAUUUGGUAAUUCACCUCUUCAUUUUGCGGCAGAUAAUGACUCACUAGAAGCAUUCAAAUAUUUACUUCAGUCUAAGAAAAUUGAUGUUAAUGAUUGCAACAAUACAGGUGAUACCGUACUUCACGAAGCUGCAUACAGAAAUGCAACAAAAAUAAUUGAAUACUUACACUUAGAACCUGCCUAUGCACAUUUAUUUAAUAUUAAGAAUAAAAUGAAACAAACGGCCUUGCAUGAAGCUAGUAAAGGAAAUUCUGUACAAGCUUUAGCCUUCUUAGUCAAUAAUUAUCAGUACCUCAUUAAUAUUGCAGAUGAAAAUGGCAAUACUCCUCUUCAUGAAGCAGCUUUCAGUGAUUCAUUAGAAAGUGUUAAAUAUUUAUUACAAUGCACAAAAUUGGAUAUUAAGACAUGUAAUCAAAAAGGUGAAACUGUUUUACAUAAAGCUGCUGCUUGUGAAAAUUCUAUAGAAGUGCUUAAGUAUCUAAUUGAUGAGUGUAAUAUGAGUCCAACUCUAGUUGAUAUGCAUGGAGAUACGCCACUUCAUGUUGCAGCCUUUAACAACUCACUUGAAGCUUUCUCCUUUCUGUUAAAGACUGAAAAAAUAAAUAUUAACGAUUGUAAUGAUAAAAGUGAUACCGUUUUACAUAAAGCUACCAAGCAGACUCGAAAUGUACCAACACAAAAAGCGGUGGGAGAAUAUCCUAAAGGCCCAGUUGCAAAUCUAGGUACUGACUAUGAAUGGAAACUCCAUUGCCUAUUUGCAGUAGCUGCGUUCAAAAAUUUGGACAACUGGAGCUUGGCAAAUGAAUAUAUCGACGCAGGAAAGUUCGAUGAUUUGGUAUUUAAAGUUGAUAAUGAGUGCUUGUUACUACAGGCAAAAUUUAAGGACAACAAACAAGUCUCUGAUCGAGAGUUCUGGUCAAAUAAACCAAAAUCUGAUAAUUUUAGUAUUUAUAAGUAUAUUCUAUCAUAUAAUGAUAUAAAAUGGAAGUUUAAAAAGUUCAAGAUGAAUGCUAUAAUAUUAUGUACCAAUGCCAAUUUACCAGAUAGCAUAUUUAAUACUCAAAGAACUUCUGAAAAUAUUAUAAUAAAUCAAAUAUUUGGAAAUCAAGUAACGAUAGGUACUAUUAAAGAAGAACAUCGCAAAAAAUUUGACGAAGUUAAAACUUAUCAACAAAAUAUUAGCGACGACGAUAAAGACAAACUUGCAUGGCGAAAUAUAUCUUUAAAUGAUAAUGAUAUUGAAGAGUUUAUGUCCAAAUUUCUAGUCAUCAAAGUAAGUGAAGAACAAAAUGAUAAACGGAUUUCUGAUCUCAUUACGAGCAUGGAGAAAAAAAAACCUUCGUUAAAAAAAUUGUAUAUAAUAAAUGAUAUUCACUACUGGCGCAACUUGGGCUGUAAAAAUUCCGUUUACAUGACGAAAAAAUAUAUGGAAUUUGUUUGGUAUAGAGAGAAAAAUGAUAAAUGUAUUCAACAGUUUUUAAAUUACGACAUCUCUUUUUUAAAUCCCUUUCAGUUCUCUCUAUCCAUUAAUCUAGUCAAAGCUGAACACAAUUUUGAUUUAUAUUUAUCCAAAAUAGUUAACAGUAUAAAAUUGAUUUAUACAAAACAAGACAAACCCGAUGAUAUGUUCUUCAAAGAAGUAUUAUUCCUAGCAUUACAGACGGAUUACAAAACCAUUGAAAAUGCAGUGGAAUGGUUUGAAAUAAAAAAUGUUAAAUAUUUAGUUGUUUCCUUUUUGGAAAUGGACGAGAAUGAAAGUAAAGAAAUAUAUACAAAAAUAUCGAGAAUAUUAGACACUAAUAAACAAAAGAAGGUUAUCAUUGUGGCAAAAAAAUUCGGAUUUCAAGAUAAAAAUGUCGAAAACGAUCAAAUCCGCUUAAAUCUAUUCGAUGAAGACACAAGAGAAAGAGUUUGCAACAGGACUAUUGAAUUUCAAGGUGAAGCUAUAACAUUAAAACAUCUGUUAAAUAAUUGUAAAGUGUUAAAUUUAAUGAAUGGUUGUCAGUCCUUAGAUAUAACGGAUAAGUCUUAUCUUUGUUCUUUGGUUAAAUCUACAGGAGAACCAUUUGAUUUUAACGGAGAUUCGUACAGAGAACUAGUCGAAUCUAUAAAAAAUAAGUUAUCGUAUGAUAACUCAGACUUGGAAAAUCCAACAAUUUUAGAAUUCCAGGGUCGGCAGAUUAUACUAGAUGAUAUAUUAACAAUUUGUAAAAUAGAAUAUCUUAUUGACGAAUUAUUUAUUUUAAAAUUAAUUAAAGAGGAACCUUUGUCUUUAGGAAAAUCUUCAAUACCUUCAAUAACUUCAAAAAAAUAUUAUGUGCCUCGACUUUUAAGUAGGGAUUUUCAGAAUUUAUUCUCUGAAGAACUCCUACUUGAUCAACUAAAAACAAUUAAUAAAAAGGUAGCUGUACUAACUGGCCCCCUAGGUGCUGGCAAAACAACUCUUUUAGAAAAUAUAGUAUUAUCUAAAAAGUUGAAAGAUAAGAAUUGUUCUCGACUGACGUGGAUAAUAAAUAUAGAAUUAUCAAGAGCGGCAGAGUAUCUACGAAAUAAAAGUUUGAAUCACAGUCUUUUGGGUUUGUUAAUCUAUAGUGAAGAUAUUAGAGGUAAUUUCGACAUUCAGGCUUUAAAAUCUUUAGAGAAGAUUAUAGUAAUCGAUGGAAUAGACGAAAAUAAUUCAGAGUACAUUCAUCAAGUGCAAGAUUUGCUUGAAGAUUGCUCAACGUCGGAGAAUCUGAAUAUUUCAUUAGUUAUAAUGGCUUGCAGGAAUUAUGAUUUUAUCUUAAAAAAAAUUCGAAAUAGGCCUAACGUGGAAACAAUUGUGGUAGAGCCGUUUAGUGAAAAUGAUCAAGAGAUUUUUUUUGAAAAGUAUGUAACAUUUAAAAAUGCAACUAGCGUACAAAAAACAAAAGAUGUGUUUCACCAUUUAAAAGCACAAGCACCUGGAAUUAACAAAUUUUGUUCAACCCCAUUUGCAUUAAGAUUAUUAAUUGAUAUAUUACUAAAUAACGAGGACCAUGUAGAACAUAUAUCCAAAAUAUUUUCUAAAUCGUUAAGUGUGUAUGAAUUUUAUAGGCUUUUUUUAGAAGAGAAGAAAAACACGUUUAUUCAACAACAUAAAGGUGACACUUGUGACAAAAGUAGUAUUGUAGUAACAGAUGCAUUUGAUACGUACUUAACAAAAACAAGGAAGUUUGCUGCUAGUAAGAGCCUUCCACGAGAAUUACAAGAAUGUUUUAAUACUGAUAUAUCCCCUUCUAUAACUACAUCGAUGCUUUCAAUUGGGAUAUUCGAAGAAAGUAACGGAGAAUUUAAAUUCAUUCACAAAAGUUUCGAAGAAUACUUCGCUGCCGAAUAUAUUUGGAAUUUUCUCAGUCAUAAACGUAGAAGCGACUCUAUGCUCUUAACUCUUCUUAACAAACUAUUUCUUAAUAUUCAGUAUGCUGGUGUAUCUGGAUUCUUUGAAGAAAUUCUGAAUACCAUAAGAUCAGUGGGGGAUAUAUGUUUCAGUAAGAUAAGUAAAGAGUUUGGUCGGGUACUUAGUGAACAAAGAUGGGUAGAAAGUAUAUCACUUUUAGUAUUUCAAGGCUAUUUUAAUAUUGUCAAUUUUGUAUUUCACGAAUACGAUGCUUUUUCCAAAGUUAUUAAUCAUAGGGGUUCUUCUGGUGAAACUGCAUUGCACCUAUCUGCUCACUAUCCACAUUUUGUCAAGUACUUAGUAAAAAAAGGUGCUGAAAUAAACAGCGUUGAUGAGAAUGGACUGACCGUAUUUCAUUACAUCAUAAUGAUGUGCUGGGACUCAGACAAAUACAAAACAUAUUUUAAUAUGAUCUUUGAGAAAAUGAAAUAUAGAGAGAAUUUUAAAACAAUAACGUUUUUUGAGGAGUAUUUGAAACUUAUACGAAGAGAUCAGCAAAACCGUAUUCGCUCUAAGGUAGAAUAUGAUGUUAUUCUGGAUUUGAUUGAUUAUUUAAAAAAUCAUGGAUUGCAUUUAAGCGUUAAAGAUAAAGAUGAAGAUACAUCUGUUCAUUGGGCUGCACAAGCAGGUUUUCUUACUUUACUUAAAACACUCAUUGAAAAAUAUGGACUUGAGUAUACGGCUGUAGACAAAAAUGGAGAUUCACCGCUUCAUUAUGCUUGCCAAUUUGACUCCCUUGAUAUACUUGAAUAUUUCGAACAGAGCGAAUUACUGUGUGUGAAUAGUUCCUCACUUGUGGCUUCGAAUAAACCACCAAAAACAGUAAAAAUAUUAAAUGAUUUGGAUCAACAGAAUGAAAGCGUAUUAUUAAAAAAUAAAUAUUUGAAUUUAAGUACUGUAAAUACAGACGGAGAAAGCCUUAUACACAGAGCUGCUGCAGGAAAUGCUAUGAGUAUAUUAACUUGUCUAAUUAAUACAUAUAAACUAAAUCCAAAACUAGUUGACAAAUACGGAUAUACACCUCUUCAUGAAGCAGCUUCCACUAAUUCCUUCGAAGCUUUCAAAUAUUUAUUAGAGACUACGCAAUUGGACGUUAACGACUGCAACAACAAAGGUAACACUAUUCUACAUAGCGCAGCGGGUGGAAAUGCUUUAAAAAUAAUCCAGUAUCUAUAUUCACAAGAUGACUACAAACAUCUCUUUGAACAAAAAAAUAACGAUGGUGAUACAAUCAUCCACAGCGCAGCGAGGGGAGAUGCUGCAGAUGCUUUAACAUUUUUAAUAUGCACUUGUAGAUUACCUUGUGAUGUUCCUGACAAAUAUGGUAAUACUCCUGCCCAUGAUGCAGCUAAAAACAAUUCUCUCAAUGCUCUAAUAAUUUUGGAAAACAACAAAGUAAACUUAACUGCUAAAAAUAAGAGAGGUGUUAGUUUAUUACACAGAUCAGCUUCUAACAAUGCAAUAGAUGUAAUUAAAUAUUUAACUACCGGACUUAAUAGAAAUACUAGUGCAGAAACAAAGUUAAAUCUAGUUGACAACUAUGGAAAUACACCUCUGCAUUCAGCAGCUUCAAACGAUGCAUUAGAAACUUUUAAGUAUUUGUUAAUUCAUGCCAAACUUGAUGUUAAUCAACGCAAUGAACGUGGCGAGUCGGUAGUUCAUAAGGCUGCAUAUGAAGAUUCCAUGGAAGUGCUUAAGUUUCUUAUAGAUGACUAUAAACUAAGUCCAAAGUUAGUCGAUGAAUUUGGUAAUACACCUCUUCAUGAUGCGGCUUACAAUGACUCACUGGAAGCAUUCAAGUAUCUGCUUCAUUCCGAGAAAAUAGAUGUAAAUGAUCGGAACAAUACAGGUGAUACCGUGCUUCACAAAGCUGCAUACGGAAAUGCCACAAAAAUAAUUCAAUACUUACACUCAGAACCUGCAUACGCACAUUUAUUUAAUAUUACAAAUAAUAUUAAACAAACUGCUUUGCAUAAAGCUAGUAGAGGAAAUUCUGUAGACGCUUUAGCCUUCUUAGUCAACAAUUGUCAGUACCUCAUCAAUAUUGUAGAUGAAAAUGGCAAUACUCCACUUCACGAAGCAGCUUGCAACGAUUCAUUCGAAAGUUUUAAAUUAUUAUUACAAUGCACAAAAUUGGAUAUUAAGACAUGUAACCUAAAAGGCGAAACUGUUAUACACGGAGCUGCUUGUGAAAACUCUAUGAAAGUACUAAAGUAUCUACUUGAUGAGUGUAAUAUGAGUCCAACUGUAGUUGAUAUAUAUGGCAAUACACCACUUCAUGCUGCAGCUUUCAACAAUUCCCUUAAAGCUUUCACCUAUUUGUUAAAAACUGAGAAAUUAGAUAUUAACGAGUGCAAUAAUAGAGGUGAUACCGUUCUACAUAAAGCUGUACUUGGGAAAGCCAUAGAAGAUUGUGAUAAAUUAAAAUUCGUAAGCUUAGCAGAUACAACAAAAUUUGAGUCAUACGGUUUGACCUUCUCUUCCGGCGCUUUUCAAAAUUUAUUUGAGUUUUAUGGCACACAAUUUACUAAACAUCAAAGACUUAAAAAUUCUCUAGUUUUUUUGGGUGAUUUAAGUAAAGUGAAACCAAUUGGUUACAAAAGAUUUGCAAAAAGUGUACAAUUUGAGUCAACACCUAUCAGUGUCAAAAACGAACUUGAAAGUGAUGACGAGUUAGAAAAACAAAUGUGUCUAGUUGAUAACAACCAAGAUGGAAACUCCAGUCAAGAAAACGAAGAAAUGGUCAACCAGGAGAUUGAUGAGUCAAUAAACCUUGAUGGAAGCCACGAGGACAUACUCAACCAUUUAGAUAGUUCCAUGGAUGUAAACCAAACAUUUGACUUAAUAACAGAAUCCAAAAACCAGGGAUAUCAGAAAAGGCUAAAACCAAUAAUAGAGAAUUUUGUUAGGCUAAGCAGUCAAAUAUUAAGCCAAAGAAUAAAUAAACGAAUGCAGCUUACAAAAAAAAUUCAAAAAUAUAGUAAAAAAGAAGAUGAGGCUAAGAUAGUGUUAUCGCAUAUUAGUGCAAAAAAACAAAGCCUUCAAGAUGCACUAGAAAAUUUAAAUUCAGGAAUAAAUUCUCUAAACAAAAUAACCAGUGUUGUACAUAAUUUUAAAUUGUAA